CGAUCCUGAACAAUCAUACAGAGUGCAACUUCGCACAGCACACUCCAAGCCUAUGCGACAUAUACCCCAAGGAACAGUUGUCCGAAUAUUAAUGAAGUGUUUCGAUACUAUUCUCAAAUACCCAAGAAGAUAGUAGGCUCUACGAAUUUUGAGGAAACUAUUCAAAAUGGCCCCCGAGAAGCGAAAUGAGUUUCUCGAAAUAGACGACAGCGAGGACGAGCAAGGCCAAGGCUACGACUCGGACGCUGAUGACAUUCGGAAGGGCGGCCGGAGCUCCAAGAGGAGAAGAAUACUAGAACAGAAUGAGGAUGACGAUGAGGGAGCCGACCUGAGCGAGGAGGAAGAGGAGGAGAAACAGAAAGAGGGAACCGAUCGCAAAGACGCCGAUGCCGAUGCCGACGCCCUAGACCCAACCUCUACCACUUCCACCUCGCAAUCAAGAGAAAAAGCCCCCUCCUCCUCUUCCGCCGCGACCAAGAAAACCAAGGGCAUAUCGCAGAAGAACCUCCUCGCAACCGAAAAGGCCAUGCGCCAGUCCGGCGUCAUCUACCUCUCCCGCAUCCCGCCCUACAUGAAACCGCAGAAGCUCCGCAGCCUCCUCACCCCCUGCGGCGAGAUCAACCGCAUCUUCCUCGCGCCGGAGGACCCCGCCGCGCGGACCCGCCGCGUCAAGGCCGGCGGCAACAAGAAGCGCCUCUUCACCGAAGGCUGGGUCGAGUUCGUCUCCAAGAAGGACGCCAAGCUCACCUGCGACAUGCUCAACGCGCGGCCCAUCGGCGGGAAGAAGGGGUCGUACUACUGCGACGACGUCUGGAACAUGGUCUACCUCAAGGGCUUCAAGUGGCGGCACUUGACGGAGCAGAUUGCCGCCGAGGACGCCGAGAGGGCGAGCAGGAUGCGUGCUGAGAUUUCCAGAGAUACGCGCGAGAACAAGGAGUUUGUGAGGAAUGUGGAGCGCGCCAAGUUUUUGGAUGGUGUUCGGGCCACGAAGGAGGCGAAGAAGAGGAAGAGGUCCGGGUCGGCGGCGGCGGCGGCGGCGGAGGUGGGAGCCGGUAAGGGAGAGGGUGAAGGAGACGCUGUGGCAGAGAGGGGAGUGGUUUGGGAGGCUAAACGUUCCAUGACGUUCAAGCAGGCUUCGUUGGCGAAGAGGUCGGACAAGAUUGAGCAGCCGGAACAUGUGACGCGGGUUCUGAGCAAGAUUUUCUGAUUCUGACAUGGAUAGCGAGUUGGUUGUUAGACUAGCAUAUUGUAACAGCAUAGCCUCCGAGCAUAGAUGUUAUGGUUUUUGCCGUUACGUUUCUCCAAUUAUCUCCUGCUGAGAGAGAAAGGGAAAAAACAAUUUAGGCCUCAAAU